AUGCAAAAGACGUGGUGGCGACUGAGCCUCCGCCCGAGCCCAGGGCCGGUGCUCUGCACCGGCGGCUGGCUUGACCGUGCUUCUGCUUCCAGUGUAACCACGAGGUACUCGCCUUCUCCGAUGGCGGCCAUGCGACUCCGUCCUUCUCCUCCCUCUCCCUCUUCAGCAGCCUGCACUGCCUUGGCUUCCUCCGGAAGCACCACCGCUCCUCACCGGAGGAGCAGCAGUCUCCCCAACGUUCGCCGCCCGUACCUUCUAUUCUCCUGCAGUUGCGUUUAUUCCGAUGGCGGCAGCGGCGGCAGCGGGAGGGGACGGGCUUGGGUUGCCCUAAAGCGAGCGCGGCUUCCUUCUUCAGCGGCCAUUGUUUGGUCCCAUGGAAGUGUGGCCGGCGGCAGGAGGGGUUUUAGGGCUACGGAGCCAUCGAUAGACCAGGAGAAGCAUGAGAACUUGGACGGUGGGGAUGAGGAGGCGGAUGAAAGGGAAACCGUGGACUCGGAGCAGAAGCCCCAGGUGAGUACGAGCCAGAGAGUCGCUCUCAGGAGGCAGAGGGCGGCACUUUCAGGCGGCCUUCCGGUGGGGAAUGUGGACCUGCUCAGCAUCCCCGGCGUCGGUCCCCGCAACCUGAGGAAGCUGGUGGACAAGGGCAUCGGAGACGUUGCCGACCUUAAGCAGCUUUACAAGGACAAGGUUCGCCUUCUCACUGACUCUUCUUCUGCCCUAAGGAGCCGCAUUCCUCUCCAAGUCAUCAUGUCUUUAGACCUUCAUGAAGCUUCUUCUGCGCGCAGUUUUUCGGGGAGUCUAGUCAGAAGAUGAUAGACUUCUUGCAGAGCUCUGUGGGAAUCAUCCACAAGAACCACGCCGAAAGCAUCACCACCUUCAUCAAGGAGAGAGUCGACGAGGAGCUGGAGGAGGACCCUCACUCCGGCGCAAAGCCUUCGCUGAAGAAGAGGCUCACUUUCUGCGUCGAGGGUAACAUCAGUGUCGGGAAGACCACCUUCCUCCAAAGAAUAGCCAACGAGACGCUUGAGCUGAGGGACCUCGUAGAGGUGGUUCCUGAGCCCAUCUCUAAGUGGCAAGACAUCGGUCCAGAUCACUUCAACAUCCUCGACGCCUUCUACGCCGAGCCCCAGAGAUACGCCUAUACCUUCCAGAACUAUGUCUUUGUGACCAGGGUCAUGCAGGAGAGAGAGUCUGCUGGCGGAAUCAAGCCCCUCAGAUUGAUGGAAAGAAGCGUUUUCAGUGACAGGAUGGUUCGGACAUGAAACCUUCGUCGAUUCCUCAAGAUCCAUCGAUGACCUCCCCCCCCAGUGUGACAGGAUCUUCUUCUCGCCAUUUUUUGCAGGUGUUUGUCAGAGCUGUACAUGAAGCAAACUGGAUGAACGAGAUGGAGAUCAGCAUCUACGACUCUUGGUUCGACCCGGUGGUCUCAUGUCUUCCCGGUCUCAUUCCAGAUGGGUUCAUCUACCUCAGAGCCAGCCCUGAUACCUGCCACAAGAGGAUGUUGUUGCGCAAGAGGGCAGAGGAGGGUGGUGUGACUCUCAAUUAUCUGCGAGACCUGCAUGAGAAGCACGAGAGCUGGCUCUUCCCCUUCCAGAGUGGGAACCACGGGGUGUUGUCUCUCAGUCAGCUACCGACCCACAUGGACAGCUCCUUGCAUCCUGACAUCAGAGAUCGAGUCUUCUACCUCGAAGGGGCCCAUAUGCAUUCCAGCAUCCAGAAGGUGACAUUCUUUUUCUCGGGACUUGGAUUCUUUCUCAUCUGGGUCAGUCGAGGUUUCUAAAUGGGUCUUUGUUUUUUCCUUCUUGUGGCAAGGUUCCCGCCUUAGUGUUGGACUGUGAGCCCAACAUUGACUUUAACAAGGACAUUGAGGCGAAACGACAGUAAGUGUGCAUCCUCUGCGUCUAUUACUCAUCAUCAUUGGUGCACCCUCUUGGCUUAGAGUUAUUUGGUGCAUUUUCUUUGGUGCCCAAUACCCUCUCUGUGAAGUUUUCCAACUACUGGUUCCUGUCAGCUAGAAUAGCAUCGGAAUUAGUCUUUGGCGUUCGUUCUUCAUCUACCAUCUGCUAAUUAUAGUGGGUCAUCCCCAGAUGCUUGCUUUAGUGGAAGCUCUGAUCUUUCAACCGUCUUCUCUUGGAUGCCAACCCUCCUCAUUAUCUCGUUGCAUCCGCAUCAUUUGAUCACAAGCGCAGAUGAGCCUCAGCAUUUCUAGUCCAGGGCUGUUCACUGAGUGCUCCUCCUUGUCUUCCGAAGGUAUGCUCGCCAGGUCGCCGAGUUCUUCGAGUUUGUGAAGAAGAAGAAGGAGACUUUGCCAGCAGAGAGCGAAGGCUCGGCCAAGGCAAGCCCAAUGCAGCAGUUGGUUCUCCCCCAGGAGGGCGGCCUCUGGGUCCCCAACAACAGCCAUUUCCCCGAAGCUGCCCUCAAGUCUCUGGACUUCAGGAGGGCCAUGUCCUUCCUCUCUGGGUAG